AACAAAAGGAAUUUUUUUUUAUUCACAAAAUAACAUUUACAAGAAGCAAAGAUAAGGCCAUAAACCUUAUCAUAACAAAACCAAAUCAAAUACAAUAACCAAAAAAUAUAAAACCAACAAGGCAUCUUCAAACAAAAUUCCAGAGGCAGCCAAAACCAUAAAGUCUCUUCAGCAAUCUCAGCAUCCAUGUCCAUCCAAUACUUCACAAUUCCAGAAAUAACAACUGCUGGGACUUAUCCAAUUUCAAACAAAUCAACACUAUAAUAUCAGCCAAAAUGACCAAUAAAACCCCUUCAAUAUCAUCAAAAUCAAAUCAUUUACAUAACUUCAAAGGUUCCAAUAAAACUUCUUCCUUAUCGUUUUCUUAUUUGAUUAAACAAGAGUGGUCACAAACUUGUGAGUUAACAUGUGGGUUAACUGCAUCAAAUUCAAAUACUAUGACCCACAAAUGAUGUUAGUAACACUUAAUUGACAAAUUACAAUUUACUUUCCGAAAAAUAAAUUGCCAACAUACAGUCCUCAUAAAAGGUUGCUCAAUCUCAAUACAUGAAAUAUACUUAUUAGAAAUUGCUAAAUACAUAUUCCACCAUUUUCUGGAAUAAUUUUAUAGCCUAAAGGGGUCUAUCAUUAUCAAAAAAAAAAAACUCAUCAAUCAUAGAAAUCUAACAAACCAUGCUUCUGUCAGAAAUUUUCUCAAACACCUUCAAAGCAAGACCAAAAUCACCACAACCCAAUUACAGUGGUCCUUUUUAAUCUGCUGGAACGAACUAGAAAAAUGAGGUUGUGAUAAAAGCAAGAUGUUUACCGGAAGGCAUCGUGUCUAUUGGAAAGCUUCGAUUCCUGCCACGGGGAUGCAAACGUAUUAUGUUGCCAGCGGUUUUGUUGGAUGCGAAAAGACCAAAGCAACAAGACUCAAAAUUUUCACGUCAACCAGCAAUCUACCGUGCCUUGCUCCAUAUGCAUGCUCAAAUUUAGAAGGUGACACAACUGAAAUCCGGAAUCAGCAUAAAAAACUUACCUUCAAUGUAAAGCUUGGUUUUUUGCAAAAAAUAGGCCGUAAUGAUGGUACACAAAAUGUUGUUGGUGAAGAAAUAAGUAUU